UGUGUGUGUGUGUGUGUGUGUGUGUGUGUGUGUGUGUGUGUAUUGUCAUAUUUUUAUGAGCAAGUAAGCCGUUCAGAAGGUUUCUGUUGCUGAUUUUGCUUCCUGCAUGUACCACCCUGUGUGUGUAACACAAAGCCUGCCGCACAUUGUUAACACCAGAUGACAGCUUUAUCUUUAUACACUUUAUUCUUAUUUAUUCUUAAUGGAGACAGAAAAAAUGUAUUCAAUGUGAGGUAAUUGCCUUCACACUGAUGUUUGUGGGUCAGACUUAUUCACCACCAAUUUACAAACCACCAAUUUACAAACUCUGUCUCCAGCCUUUCUUCUGGUUACCCCCACAUUAUUAAAAUGGCUGUAUUUGAGCAACGUGCCAACACUUAUUUUUAUACAGGUGGACAUGUUAAGGUCAGGCUUCAGGUUGUAAUUCUAUCGUUGCAGCAAUGAUAAAAAAAAAGUAUGCGAUGUUAAUAAUAUAAACGUGCCUGAACAAUAAAAUGUAACCUCUGACCUUCCCGUGCUGCGUCUCCACGGUGACCUUGUCGCCAUCUCGGCUAGCGAUGGUUGCCUUCACAAACUCUUCCACUGAAUCGGGGAUGAAGCAUUCCUUCUUUAUGUCGAAGGGCCGCGUGGAGGCCUCCAUGCGCUCCUUGUCCGACUUCCUCAGGUACGAGGCAGCCAUCCCAAACACAGACGUCACUGAAUCCCCCAUGGCUGCACUGAUGUACACAGAGGUAGAGAUGAGGUUCACUCUGUCCGUAUCCCAUACUUCAACCUCAUAAAUUUUGACUUUACUUUUCAGCCUUUGGUUUCAAGGAAAAUCGUUUUUUGGAUUUGGAUAGAAGUACAAAGUGAUAUUAUACCAGUGUCUAAGUCUACGAUAUGAAAUGCUAUGUAAGCAUUAGGAAAGGAGAAUUUACCGGUGGAUUCAGCUCAGAUGACAGGUGAGACUUCAGAAUACCUCAGUGACCUGAAGUGGGCAGAGAAAACUAUGAAUAAGAUAUUGCAACAUGAAUUAAGUCUGAAUGCCAGUAGCUUACUAACAUCAUUAUUUAGUAUUUUGGAUCAUUAGUUCAAACUAGUUAGUGAAAAGGUUUAAAAGUGUAUCUGAUUUUAUCAGUGUUAGAUAUACUUCCAAAAGAAAAGUACCUUCCAUCACGUAUAUAUUUACGUUGGGUUUAAACAACAGAAAAAUACAGCAUGAAUAGAAAAAUACAGCCAGUUGUGCAGACUUACGGAGGCCAGGUGAAGAGGAAGCUGCUGCUGAGACUGUAACAGGGCAGACGGGGAUCAAAUAUAUAACCCCAGAUAACCCUGCCUUACAAGGCCAAGGGUACCACCCUGACCUACUGACUAACACACACACACAUACACACACAUCUGAACAGCUACACUACUUCCACAUAACUCUUUACACACACAUUGUAGUAAUCGCCAUCACUUUCAUCACCUAUGACAGGGCUCUCGAAGGCUCUCAUGAUGUCUGGCUGCCCUCCACACCCACGUCAAAAUAGUGUGACUUUUCGGGAGCAGUGCCAGGAACUUUCUCCUGCAGAACUUGUCUGUCAUUCACCCAAACAUAGCCUCUCUAUCUCUAAUUCUACCACAGUUUUGUUUUUUUCUGGCAUCUCUCGUGCUAAAGUCUUUUUCCAAGUGAGGUCUGGCUGUGGACAGAAAGCAGAUUCUAUUUAUUCACUGUUAGGGGGAGAGAAAAGGGGUGCAAGCCAGGGCGUUUUUUACUCGCUCUUUUUCAGAAAGCAGCAUUGGACCCUCGUCCUUUUACAGUCCAAAAACUAACGUUAUCUUUUCUUUUUUUAAAGCAGCUCAGCAGCAAUGUUCAAACCCCCUCCGAACUACAAAAGAUGGCAGACAAAAAGAAUGUGAGUUUUGAGACACAAUCUAUAUUAGGUUAACCUAAUAUUCUGAAUAUUCAUAGUGCGAUCAUGUUGGAAUAUAUCAUUUUGAAAACAUCCUCAAGUUUAUAAAAUAUUGCUGUUGAAUUGCUGUUAUUUUUUUUACAUCUUUAUUUAAAGGAGCACCGUCAGUUCUCCACUGUGCCUCUUCACUUCACUUGGUCAUGAAAUUAUUUUUAUUUUUUUGGAAAUCAUGUAUUGCAUCUGUAACAAGAACAGCUCCUCCCGUCGUUGCAAAAAGUGAUUGCUCUUUGCUGUUAAUCAACCGGUUUAUAAUCUACAGCUGCUUUUAUGUGGAUCAAACAGUCAUAAAGAUAUAUUAACACAAAAAUAGAAAUUAAUAACUAGGGACAGGGACAACGAGUCAAGACAGGUAAAUGUAAAGAGCACCAAUGACUUAGACAUAUAAAGAUAUCGUUAUAUUGUACAGCAUGUAGAGUUUGUAUUGACAGUGACAGAUUAUAUGUACCUGUUUAAAAUCAAACUGUGCGAUAAUCUGUAAUGGCCCGGUAUUAUGGAGGGUAAGAAGAGGGUUAUGGAGGACAAAAACACACUUUUUAAAAUGUUUUUCCCUUAUUGUAACUGCAGCAAAAGAAGAAAACACCAUGGAGGAAGUGACAGAAGAAACUUUAUAAUCCGUUUUGAUGAUUGAGGGCCAGAAAGUAAAGUGUACUCUACUAUGAUUGUUUUGACAGACAUCUUUUUUUAUGGCUAUUGUUAUGAGUGUAUGAAAGUUUUUGGUACCAAAAAAGGGUUCCAUGCGCUCCAGUUCUGGUGUCCUCCAGACCCUUCAAGUGCCUUUGUUCAUUCAGCAAUCUCGACAGAAAACAGACAUUUACACCAACAUCUCAAGUUUCUCCUGCUCCAAUAACAGACACAGACUUUUGUAAUGUUUUUUAUGACAUACUAUACUAUGACUUUUUAUGACAUAUAUAUGACUUUUAUUUGGAGUUAAUAGGAACAGUAGGAGAAACUCCUGUCUUGAAAACAAGAUGGUUCAUCUUAAGGAGUUUAUCAUCACAUAAUUGAACUAUUGACUUUUAACAAAUUAAAAAUAAUUAUUUAUAAAUGCAAGGGGUUGUGCAGAACCCCCUUUUUAUAUUUCAAAUAUCUGGCAUGAAAGCUGGUAUCAAAGAGGCAAAGAGAGAAUUGUAAGAGACCUCAACACCAACAACAUUAAAGAUAUGUGGCAGACAAUCUAAAAUGUCAGAGGCUAUAAAUGCAGGAGCAUCAUGUGUGAGGCCACGUUGCCAGGUGAGCUGAACACCUUUUAUGCUCACUUUGAUCUCCUCAACAAAGAGUCAGCUUUCAGAUCUGCCCCGCCUCCAGAAGACCGCCCACUGUCAGUAUCCUCAGCGAAUGUGAAGAAAACCCUGAUGACAGUGAUUAUGAGUAAAGCUGCUGGGCCUGAUAACAUCGCUGGCCGUGUACUAAGAACAUGUACCAACCAGCUAACUGAUGCCAUCACUGAUAUUUUCAACAUAUCACUGUCACAGGAGAGAGUUCCCACCUUCAAGACAUCCACCAUCGUUCCUCUGCCUAAAAGUCUGCAGGGUCCAGUCUACAUGACUACCGCCCUGUGUCAAUCACCUCCAUUCUGAUGGAGUGCUUUGAGAAACUGGUUCUCCAGUUUUUUCUUUAUCCUCUGCUAAGUGAGUGAAGCCUCUGGCACAAAGUUUUUCAUAGACGAGCCUCUUAAUUUGUCUCUCAAAGUGCACCAGAUUGAUGCGUUUAACAUUAGAACCCACGUUUUCUGUAAUACAUAUACGCUAUAUGGCCUUUUCAGCUGUUAAUUAAAUAAAAAUGUUCCCGCCAUACCUCCCUUUCCCUGUCACUGAUCUUGCGGAAACGCUUUUAACUAUAACCAUGAAUACAUCACCUAACAUUUCGGCAGUCAAUCCAACCCUUGGAUGCAUACUGUCACCAGGUGCUAAUUCUUCUCACCACACUGUUUGUGUCGCAAAACUAUUAAGCUCAGCUGGUUUAAGUCCUAAUAUUGGUCUGGCUUAUCACAGUUCAUCUAACUCAACUCACUGUUGUUUUUACAACCUCAAUGCAGAACCCAGUGCAGGUUUCUGCAUUGUUGUCCACAAUUCUUUUUGGCUUUUCUUUCCACUCUGUUUUGGUUGACCACAGCAAAGACAAAUGUAACUUUUAUAUACACGAACGAACGAACGAACGGUUUGAUCGGCUGCUGGUUCAAAGAACAUCUGUUAUCGAGAAAAUGAAGAGUUAAUUCACAGCAUACUCUUUAACAGCAGCGUGUUUCAUCUUUGGGAGAGUAUCCUGUCAAGUCACUUUUAGAUCAAUAGUUGUCUGUAAUGGAGUCCCUGUUUAUGUCCUUAUGGUUUACAAUAAAUGGAUGAAAAAGAUCCUGCUUGGUAUGGACACUUGCUCCCAGGAAAUAACUAAUUGAACCAUGAAACCAACUUUUCCCAGUUAAAAUUAAAUAAAAGUCCAAGUCCAGUCCUAGAGAGUAAGUUCUCUAUCCAUAGAAAGCUGCACCCCCCACUGUUCUCAUAUCAUUUUGGUAGUAAGUAUGUGCGCAGUUUAUUCAUACUCUGGGUGUGAUGGAUAUAAAUAAACCUUUUGUUUGCCUGACCACACUGCAUCGCGGACCACACAAACAGUAUCUGAGCCUGUUUACUGGCCACAGUAUCCGAGGCACUUCGAGCCUGAUAGCAGCAGAGAAGAUAAGGCUCACCUUUAUAGAAUUGAAUUUGUCAUGGGGAGAAAAUAGCCACCACGGCUAGACAAAAAACGUAAACUGAUAGGAGUGUUAAUCCUGUUUAUUCUCUCUGUCAUAAUUUGGCAGCUAUACAUCCCACAGUGUAGGUUUUAUAAUGUAUAUCAGAGUAAAUUACUUUUAUAUUGUGAAGGGUAAUAGCUGUGCUGGAUAAGAACCAAAUAUUGUUAUUGCAUCACAGAUCGGACACAUCUGUAUCGUUUUUAGUGAAAAACAAACAAUCUUAUGUAAGAAUCAUGGAUCAUAAGGUCCCCUGGGAUAAAUAAAGGGGAAAUACAUUUAAAAAAAAUGUGAACACUGUGUGAGUCUGUUCUUUUUUUUACAUGAUAAUUCCAGUAUUUUUUUAAAUCAGGCUCUGUUUUUCACUUCUCUACCACGACAGCGAGCGAGACUUCUUUUUCAGGUCACUCAUGUGACGAUAUUCAUGAUUAUCCCGAUAAUCUCUUUUGUUGGGAAUGAACACAAGGCCUCCGGCAUGUCCACCAACGUCCUUCCACUUUGGCCCUCUGCUUUGGAACAUGUUCAGCAGCAGGACAGGGUGGAGCAGAUCAGACAGCAGCUGCUUGUGUUUUCAGUCAGUGGAGGAUUAGAGGUGUGAUCCUACAGCUGACAGACCCUCUGGAUUCCUGGACGCCACACAGACCCCAGGCCCUUUAAUGGGCCGCACUGUGAGGGCUCUGAGUAUGUGGCACUACAUCCUCCUUCAUUCAGCCGACAGCACCAACACAAUUAAGGGUCUACGAGACUUGUUCACACAAAGCAAGGAAGGUGAGCGACAGUGAGUUGGUUUUAACUUCAUCAAACAGAUGAAAUUGAAAUAUUCUUGGCAGAGGUACGAUGACUAUGACAGCUAGGCCCAAGACACUUGCUGUGCUGUAGGUUAUUACUGUUCUCUUGUAAUGUUAGAACAAAUCAAUGAUAUGGUUCUUUGUUAUGUUGUUGUUUAAUAGUAUACAUCUUGUUUUUGUUCCCUGUUAAGGAAUAUUUUCACCUUUAUUGAAAACUCUAUGAAGAUGGAAAUAUUGUUCCCAUCAAAAUUUGAACUGCAGAACACAAGAUGUCUUCUCCUUCACUCAAUGUGACCUGAGAAAGUUUCCACAUCACAUGUUGUGUAUUUCACCAGGAUUGGCUUCCACACAGGUUGACUUCAUUGUAGAGCCACGAGCUGGUAACAGCACCCUCAAGUUCUUAACUGAGUCAUACGAUAAUUGGGGGUGGAUUUUAUAGAAAUCACAAAAGUAAUGUGCUUUCUCAAAACAAACAUAAAUAAAUAAAUAAAAUCAGUGGUUUAAGUUAAAAGAUCCACUAUUGCAAAGCUUAAACAUGAACCACUUCUUAGAUAUUCUACGGAAAAGGAUAUUUUCCUGAUGCCAGUUGUGUCACGUUCACUUUGUUACUUAUGAGUUGAACCUACUCUGGUUAACUUUGUUGCCAGGUAAAAUAGUUCACAACUUCUCUAUUUUUGCCCAUAACUUCAAUGCUAGGUCUAUAGCAUGGCUAACAACUUAUUUUCUUUAUCAGGUUAACUUUAAACACCAACAUAUGUUUGAAUCAGAAUCGUAAAAGAAUAGUAAACCAUUUAAAUAUCCCCAACACUGUUGACGGUGAAUUAAUAUACUCCUUGACAUUGUACUAUUGCAGAUAAUAUAUAUUUUUUUAUUGAGGCCGGUCAUGAGAAUAUAUUCAAAAAGCUGCCUCAGAGAAAUGCCUUUGUGUGAUGCUGGUCACAUGGUUUUGGAACAAACCCUUUUUAGUUGUAGGGGUAUGUUCAGUUAGUAACAUUCAUAAACUGAUAUUUAACUGAUAUUUAAUUAUUUUAAAUGGGGUUUAAAGCAUUUAAGUAUUUAGAAUUUUUAAAUAAAUGGAUCAUGCUAACUUUAAUGACUUUCAUCAAUAUUUUUGACUCAUUUGAAAAAUAGACAUUGCAAAAACUGUUAAUUAAGGAACAUCUUGACAAUGUCAAGCUAACUGAAACAGUGCGCACAAAAUAUGUUUCUGGUUUUAUAAUAUACUGUCCCUUAAGACAGUACAAUAUGGGAUUUAUGAAGGAAAUAGUAGAAAAAAUAUAAUUAUCAUCAAUGAACAUGACAUGUACCCCCUAUGGUUGUAGAGAAGUGGUUUAUUUUAUUAUGAAUGGCUGUGACCUCAGCCCAUUGACAACCUGUGAACCAGUUGUUCCAGAAUAUCCCAAAAGUCGACAAAUAAAGGGCCCUAUAGGAUUCUGACAUGUUUUCAAUAAAUUCUACCAGAUGUUUGUAAGGAGCUCUGUGUUGGAUGUUUCCAGUAAAUCAUGUACAACGGUUCACCGUCGUUCUCUCGGCUUCAAUGGCAAUUACACAGGACUGCAUGACUAUUGCUUUGCGUAUCCAAUACUCGCAUGUACUACAGCUUCUCCAUGACAUUACAACAUGAACGCAGAAAAAGAGAGUAGUCUUUGUAAUGCAUUCACAUCCUCCGCGUUUUAUUGAAGGCCAAGCCCAAGCAUUGUCCAUGUAUCCAGUAGCAAAUGUGUACUCAUUGCCAAAGUGUUCUUGCAGUAGUCGUUUUGCUUGAGCAUAGCCAUAAUCAGGAGCCAUAAGCUGGCAGCUAUGCACCAGUUCCCCAGGCUGCCCUCUAGUGAACUCUUCCAGGUAAUACAAGCAAUCACCUCUGAUGACCUUUUCCUCCACUCCUUGCUCAAUGCUCUUUUGAAGGAAAUGUACUGAAGAGGAUCCUAAAAAGGGAUUAGCUUUAAUAACAUUAAAUAAAUGUGUUGGACAAGGGCUGCUGUCAUUUCAUUUUGCACAUUUCCAUUAUGGGGUAAAUGUCUCCGAGUUGCCUUUCAUUCACUGAACCGGGAGAGUUCCUAAAGUUGUGAUGGUGACUCUGCAUUUCUGAAUCAGUCCACUCCUCUUUGGUCCAGAUGUCCAUUGUUGACCAUAUGAGGCAGCACAGGCGCUGGGUUACUUGCUGGCUCUGACUAGUCCUUACUUUGCUGUGCUUUGCUCUGACUUUGCCAUUGGACUGAGACCGUUUGAAGUUGCUGCCUUUCUCUUUUCCUUGUCCAGAUGUUCCUCAACACAGUGCUGGUGGUCCUGACGGACCUGGCGGCUUUGCUCCUGGGUAACACUGCCUUCCGGAAGCACUUCCACCUGUUGCUGUCAGUGGUGGUGAUGAUCGGCCCGGCACUGAGCCUCUGGGUCUCCCAGCACAGCAUCUUUGCCAAGAGAAGCCACUUCCUCUACAGGAUCUUCCUGCACUCCGGUUGGGGCUGGACCUGCAUCUUUGUCGGCUCCUUUGUCUUCCUCCUCUCCUUCUCCGUCCGUCGCUCCCUCUCUCUCUCCGUCCGUCACCUCUCCCGGCUUGGGGUGGCUGGUGGAUUGUGGCUUGGUUUCUGUAAACUCCUGGACCUUCUGGAGAACACCACAGGAAGCUGCUACGAACCUUUACUCGCCAGCCCAGAGGUCGCCAACGGGCAGCCUCUGUUGGUGCUGCGAGAAGGGGAGAGUAAGUCAGAAUGCCUCAAAGCUGGGAUGCUGUGGAGGGGGUAUGAAGUUUCAGAAGAUGUCUUCCUCCUCUGUCUCUGCUGCCUACUGCUGGCUGAGGAAACAGCCGUGUUUGGCCCUUAUCUGAGCCUGGGUGGGAUCUCAGGUGCCCCUCUGAGGAUCCUCUUCCUCUUUUGUGUUCUCCUGCUCUGGCUCUGGCUCUUUCUGCUGCUCUGUCUCUUAGCUUACUUCCCUCAGUUCCCCACUCAGCUACUAGGGGGCGCUCUGGGAUGUCUGAGCUGGAGGGGACUGUACCAGGGUUGGUAUCGCCAGGGGCCCAGCUGGUACUGUCCCGGGAGGCCUGGACUGGGAUUGCUCAACACCAAGACUAGCAGUACUGAAGCGGAGGAGGCACAACAGAAUCAUGAUCACUGCAAUUAACUGAAACUUAACAAUGACACAGCUGUAUAAAAAAACGAGGUCUGCAUGGUUGUUUGGAGAUGACUUGAGAUGUACAUUUGUGUUUGUUGUCCACUUUUAGCAGUAAGACCAGAUAUCCUGAUGAAAACUGGAACAAGCAAAUGGACUUUCAAAAGAUAUAUCUCCAUAUCUCUAUAUGUAUCAAACUUUUCUAAUGUAAGCGAAUGCAGCAAAUACAUGCUAGAGUUAUCAAAAGGCUUGGUACAUCAUGACAGGGAGUCCCAGUAGCCACCGGGCACAGACAUGCUAAAGGCUACACCACCUCUCCUACAUAGGAGAACGACUCACAGACUUUAAAGCUGUUUAGCCUCUUGUUGUUGUUGUUUUGAAUCUCUUUGUAGUUGAUUUGUGUCUCUUUGUGGUUGUUUUGCCCCUUUUUAUAGUCAUUUUGCGUCUCUUCGUGGUAUCUGUGCUUUGCGUCUUCCUAGUCUUUUUGUGUCUCUGUAGUUAUUUUAUGUUUCAUGGUGGAAAUUUUGAGUCUCUUUGAGUGACAUUUUGUAGCUGAACACCUGGGGGGCCUCUGGGCCUGUGCCCAAUGGGCGCAUUCAGUAAUCCAUCUAUGACAGUAUAUGAUUCUCCACAAGACAGGAAUUCAGGACAAGAGACGGUUGCCAUUAAGAUACAAGCUGGAAAUAUUUGAGAGACCCAGUCUAAACCACAGCUUGUUUAUAAUACAAUAAUACAAAUGACUUCUGGAGUGGUUUUGAUGGAUAUUUGACAAGAUAAUUAACAACGAAAUCAAUUCAACGAUUAAAAAUGCAAUAAAUGGAGAGCUUGUGUAAUGAACCACCCUAGUUCUGUGAAGCUUUUGAAAGAUGGACUAGUAGUAUGGUUGACAAAUGCUAUCAAACACCCAUGUGUUUCUCUAUCGGUGUCGUAUUUUGCACGAGUACACGUUUGAUAUAAUACACUAUGUCAAAGCAUCUGAACAGAAAAGUUAAAUGUUUGGUUAGAUUUUUUUCUCCGUUGUUCAGAUGCAUUGCUGUCACUUGUGUUCUGAGACUUUAAAUGAAGUGAUUAAAAACUCCACUUUCACUGGAUCUUGGUUCUAUUAACAGUCUCUUCACUUUUCACCCAGCUGUUGCAUAUAAAAAAAGAAAUGACACAAGUUCAGACAUUGAUUGUAGAU